GCGGAGAAAUGGAGUUGUAAACCAAUCGUGUGCACUUUUCAGCACCAACACCUCGUGGACAGCAGCCAAACGGAGACGGUGGUUGAUGAUGUGUGUUCGCUAAGUUUAUUGUCAUAAACUGAAGAUUGACUGCUGCGGUCACUGGGAAACUUUACUGCGAGUUUCGAGUCCGCGAGAGGAGCACACAGCGGCGCAGCUCGCGCUUUGUCCGCCCCAGUGGGCACGCUGAGCCAAGAACUGCUCCUCGCUUGAUAGAGGCAAGUUUUUUUGUGGUCGAUAUCUUUUUGUGUGUGUGUGUGACUCGCCUGUGUCGAAUUGGCGCGGCCUGGCUUCGUCUAACAGCAGAGGAUUAGAUGGCUGCAAAGGAAGGCAAACAAAUGUGAUAAGGAGCACUAGCUAUCCUCGCCGGUUCGGCCCAGACAACGGUUGAGUCGUGGUCGCGUUUCCAGCCACAUCGCAGCCUGCACGCACCGCUAGCCGCCGAGGUCUCCAUUGUGUGAGCAUCUCUUGUGCUAUCGCUGCAGCCGCCCGACCAGAGCCCCGGAUCCCGCGCUGCCAUCACGCACCGGCCCCCCCUUUUCCUCACAGCUACACCCGUUGUGUCUCUAUAGCCUUUCUGAAUCGACGCAUCCAAAACAAAAUGUGUUCUCGGGUUUGGUUCGUGACCGACCGGCGCAUCAGCCAGGAGUAUCCACAAGUUCAGAUCCUGCGGGCAUUGAAGGAGCGCUGCGCCGAGGAGGAUGUUGAAUUCCGCUCACUUCUCAUGGAUCAAAUUGUGUUGACGAUCACCGAGGGACAAUUGGGUCUGCGAGUGGAACAGGAAUUGGUGACAUCCUAUCCACAGGUGGUGGUGGUGCGGGUGCCCACUCCCUGGGUGCAGUCAGAUAGUGACAUCACUGUGCUACGCCACUUGGAGAAAAUGGGCUGUCGACUGAUCAACCGACCCCAGGCUAUACUCAACUGUGUUAAUAAGUUCUGGACCUUUCAGGAAUUGGCUGGCCACGGGGUGCCUCUUCCCGACACUUUCUCCUACGGAGGGCACGACAACUUCCGUAAGAUGAUUGACGAGGCCGAGCCACUCGGCUAUCCGGUUGUGGUGAAGAACGCACGUGGCCACAGAGGAAAGGCAGUGUUCCUAGCACGGGACAAACACCACCUGACAGACCUGUGCCACUUGAUCCGCCAUGACACGCCCUACCUGUUUCAGGAGUAUGUGAAGGAGUCGCACGGCCGCGACGUGCGGGUGGUCCUGGUGGGCGGCCGCGUCAUCGGCUCCAUGCUACGCUGCUCCACUGACGGUCGCAUGCAGAGCAACUGCUCCCUGGGUGGUGUGGGCAUGAUGUGUCCACUGAGUGAACAGGGAAAGCAGCUGGCCAUAGAGGUGUCUAAUAUCCUCGGCAUGGAUGUGUGUGGGAUUGACCUCCUGCAACUCAACGACGGCUCAUUUGUGGUCUGCGAGGCCAACGCCAACGUGGGCUUCAUCGCUUUCGACCAGGCCUGCGGCAUGGACGUGGCGGGCAUCGUCGCCGACUUCGCCCUGUCGAUGCUCCCCAGCCGCCUCACCCGCAAGAUGUCCUUGCUGUCUGUCGUGUCAAGCACCAGUGAGACCAGCAGUGAGCCUGAGGUGUGCGCGGUGCCGUCUGGCGGUGGCUCGCUGCCCGAGGCCGUCUGCAACAUGAGCGUGGGCUCUACUUCCAGUGAGAGUGACCCGGAGCUGGCCGAGCCCUCCCAGUCGUCGCCACGCCAGUCCACCGCGCCCACCUUGGCUGACCUGCCGGACCUCCCCGAUCCAGCCUACAACUUCAACACCCUCCUCGCCAACGAGAUCAAGUUAUUGACUGAGUGAGAUUCAAGCGGCUUCAUGCACACACUGACACUGACACAAACACACAUCAAAACACGCUUACCCACACGUAUGUAUGUAUGGCAACAUUCCUUAACACAUAUCAGUCCAAAAACGAUACAAACACAGGAUGUCAAAUGCAAAGCUAGAAACUGAGUGAAACCGAACAUACAACAGAAACAUAAACAAACUAGAACACAAGCCUUUUCCUGCUUACUCCUUUCAACAAAAGCAAAGAUCUGAGGCUGCUCCCCUGACUCUCCUGCCUUUGCACCUCUACUCCCAAACUGCAAACCUCAAACCUUAGCUCACUCUGCAGCACGGUGGCGUGAUAAUAGUACACAAGACGAGUGCUUACCGACUCUUCUAGUUUCUGUUUUUUGGAAAACAAUGAGGGUAAAGGUGUUUGAAUUUAAUGGGAAACAUUUCUUGUGUUGAUAUCCUCAAAAACAAAACGUUAUUUAACAGAGAACAGGGAAUUGCUGUUGAUAGAAAAAAAGGGUUUUGUGGUGAGGCUGUUUGUCAGAGUUUGGCGGAUUAGAGGCGAAAUGAGAAGGUGGUUAGCUUAAGCACAUCCUUGUGCAAGGCAUAUCCUGUACCAGUCCCUCCAGGAAUUCGCAAUGUUGUGAUCACAGCAAUUAAUGCCAAUUCGUUACCAAGUCCCUUUUCUGCAGGUUUGUCCAAUCACCAUAGUUUUCUGCAAGGCAAAUCACCGUGACAGAGGUUGUUCAUCAUUUGUCAUUGGUCAGUCUUUUUCCAAAUGAUGGGUUUGGACCAAAAAGUGGGUUGCAGGACUGGACAAUACCAUUUACAUCAGGAGCACAUCAGACACAGUGAGCUGCAGACACUGUGUCAUCACAACUGAGGACUUUACUGUGCAGCUCUGCCUCCACCUCUUGGCAAAAAUCCAACUUGACUGAGAACAGUAUUUUCUAAUGAGUGGUAAAUUCAGUCAGUUUGUAGGUGAAACUGUGACUUUACGCUGCUACUGCUCACGGAGGGGGAGACAGACGGACAGACAGACAGAGUGCAGUUAAUAGACCUACAUACAGAGCAAGAAUGAACUUAGUCCGGUGAAUCAGACACUGCACAUAUCUUUCUGAUUGUUAGCAGUUGAAUUUUGAUGUAAAAAUAGACACGAAGUGAGACAGACUGCUGUGAGCGAGUGUCUCACACGCACAAAGGCUGCAAAUCUCAGACAGGACUGUGAUGAUCCUAAUUCACGAUCAACAUCACCCACGUCAACAUCAUUUUAACUAACCGUACGAACAUUUACACUGAAGAUACUGAAACUGUAGGUCGCUUAGACAGCCUGUUGUUAGCCUUUAAUUUCACAUUAUGUGGGGGGGGGGGAAUGCAACAACAUUUUCAACCAUUUUCAUCGCAAAAAAAAGCAUUUGCGGUCACAACAGUCACAGAAACAGCCUGCGAAAUCCUGGAAGGACCGCUAUACUGCCGAAUCCAAUGUAGCAAUACAGACACACACAACAGAACGGGGACCAGGGAAUGAAGGAAAUUCAAAGUUACUGCUAUUCAUGACGGGAGAAAACGAAUGUACACUCAGUGUCAGUCUUUUUUGUUUACCAGGUUGAGAUUCGGAUGCAGAUCAGUUCAUUGAAUGAAAUACUUGAGCUUCAACUCUCUUUGCCUUUAACUUUAAGUCACAUGGUAACACAAGUUAAUGUCAUUACAAUCCAUGGAAUCCCAGUUUUCAGUCAUUGGUAUUACAAUGUUGCGUGAGCUGCUUCAUUUACAAAGAAUAAGAGUCACAAAAUGUCCAUACAUUAAAUCUCUGUUCAGUGUGAGUGAAGCAGACGCGUGUUAAUGUCAGCAAAACUGACCUGACCUGUGCAAGGUAGUACAUAUCACACCGCACGUCUGGAAUUACAUGUAUAAAACAUUUGACUCUUUUUCAUUUUUUACAUACCUAGAUAACUAGUUUGAUUAGCCUUACCGACAGCAGCGGUAGCCUGUUGCUUUUUUUUAAAAAAAACACAAAAAAGAUUCCACUCAGUGUUUAGCACUUUAUGAUAAAGACAAAUUUAGGAAACACCGUACUGUGUGUGAAACCUGCAUUGUCACAUGCAAGCAAAAUAUACCUCAAAAACAACGAUGUCUCACUGCCAUAGACAGACUGAUAUUCAGAUAUACAGUGCAUAUCAGCCAGGAUCCUCAUGGUUUUCAAAUGACCCCUGACUUACCAGCUGUUCUCUCUUUGUGUCUAAGAACUUAAAGGUAGUUGUGCAUUACUAUUAUGAUCUUUUUUUCUUUUUUUUUUCCAAUUUUCUUUCUAGCCUUUUGUAAAUAUUAAGGUAGUGAAUUAAUGUACGUACAUGUGAGUAUCCAGCUGAUGUAACUGGAAUGGCUGAAAUUAUUCGCCAACAUAGAAAAUUUCAUAAGCUAUUAUAGCAAACGUAUUUGUACAGACCUGGAAAAUUGAGAGGAUACAAAAAAUUGAAAUGAAAUUUGGUGCUAAGAUUUCUGGAUUUAGUUGGAGUUGAUUUCUCGGACUUUAUUUCUAGAUUUUUCCGUCUUGUUUUUUUUUUGUCGUUGUUUUUGUUGUUUUGAUAAAAAAAUAAAUACAUAAAUAAAUCAUGAACUACAAAAUAUGCUGUCAUGACAUUUUUGGCAUGGUACAAAUCAAUAUUUUUGCAGUCACUUUGAAUAGAAUGUUACUUUCUCUUUCCUCAGGAAAACACAAAACAUUACCAAACUGGGAUUUUAGUGACCAAGUAUUUGCUGCCCCAUGUUUUCUGCUCUCCAUUUUUAUUUUAUUUACACCCUCUGAGAUUUCAAAACUGAGGCAGGCUAACGCUGAGGUACCUGCCAUUUUUAAGAGUUACUCACAGAUCUUAAUCGAAAGCACAAAUGUUAACCAAAUGCAAACUGUGCCACAUACAGAGGUGACGACCACGUUUUUUUUUUUUUUAGGCCUGUUGAACACAUCUCAGGGAAGCAGCCUGGAUCUCACCCCCCGACCCCUACCCCCUGACCCCAAAUCAUAUCCAUCCAAACUUAACACACAACAAAAACAUAACACUUACCCACAGGCAGACAAAAAAAAGACACGCAAACAUCAAGGAAAAAAAAGGUUGAAAGAAAUGUGGUGUGUGCCAUGGCUCCUCCCCCCCGUUUUGUAUUGUUUCCUUGUUUAAUUCUUAAUUUAUUUAAAUAAGUGGUUUGUGUGCACUAAUAUUGUCUCAAUAAAGUGAAACCGCUGUGAAACUUGAUUUUUAUUUUUCCUUAUUUGUGGCCCAUUAAAUUGUCUAGUAUCAAAAAGAGGCCCUGCUUGGGGGUGGGGUGGGGGUGUUCCACCUAAACCCACCACACAAGGAGGAAAAGCAGCUUCUAGUGAAGAUUGCUGCUGUCAAGUGAACACACGGGGGGCUUUACUGAGAGAAUAGCAUCAUUUACACUACUGUGAUGUCAUCCAAUAUCUCUGUCAUCAAAGAAUCUGACAAACAAACUGUGAAAUCAUACGACACUGAAAACACUCCAGGUCCGAUAAACUUGAACACUGAUCCCCUCUCCAAUGUUCAAUAUUCCAGUGUUCACAUUUCACACAUGGGUAUCUCCAGUUGUUGCCUCCCCCCCCCAUUGUUUUUUUUCCUUUUCGAAGUCUUUGUCUUUGUUUUGAAGCCUCUGUCAUUCCACAUUGUGUACAUGUGUGUAAACCAUAAAUCUCAUAUCCUUCUCAGACAUGAAAAAGCCAGCCGUUUCGAACAAACUCCUCUGUUACGGCCCUGUUAUUCGAAUCAGUAUUUUACACAUCAGCCAAUGAAGGUUCAUUUAACUGUGCCCUAACAACUCUCAAUAUGCCUUUCAUGGUUUUCUUUGGAAGCCUUGUUUUGAGUCAGGGUCCCAGUUCAGACAGGUUUUCUAUUGGAAAACGGAAAAAGAGCAUACAAGGCAUGAACGCUAGAAACCAGGUACCACAUGCUCGUGACACCACGGCACAAGACGUGUAUGUAAAUGAUGAAAUUGUUCAGCGUGUAUCUGCCUGUGUGGUGCUCGGCCAGCGUGGAAUAAAUGUUUUGACAUGUGGACAAGUCACUGUGUGCAACGACACAACCGAGCACAAGGUUGCUUUUUAAUUCCAAACUGCUGCUAAUGUAUAUUUGGCUGAAUAAGGAAAAAGGGAAUAUCCAAGUGUUUCCAUGUCUUGCUGCCUCUCAACACAUGCAAAUGAACCUGAAUGCCAAAAAUAAGAAUUUUGUUGUAUAAUUCCGUACUAAUGACACUAGUAGAUGAGUGAAAUGUGUUUUUUUGUUUUGAUAUGAAGAAUAAAUGUGUCAGAAUUGUAUAUAUGUUGGGAUUUCACAGCGAACAUCAGGUGCAUUUUAUGUCGGCGUGUUUUAAAUACCUGACAUUUGCUCAAAAGGUUUACAAAAGUUGCAGGAGAGAAAUAUGAUGUUUAUGCUUCGUUUGAAGAGAAAAUACAAAAAUGAGAAAAUGCAGCUCUCUGUUGAUAGUUAAAAAGAAAUAAUAAUUAUAUUGACUCUGCAUAUGGUGGAUUGAUGAAGAUUCUGAACUGCCAAAAUGAGCAAAAACAUUGUUUAAAAAAGGUUCUCAGCAAAUGGGUUUCACUCUUAUUCCAUUAUUCUCUGUAUCAUUCUGACAUUCUUACAAAAAGGAUCCAAAAUUUGUGUCAUUAACAGAUGUGCAGGAUGUUGUAAAUAUAUAUAUCCCUCUUUUUUUUAGAUUAAAAUAAAGAUGAGUCAUUCAAAAGCAAUGAAAACCUGUCUGUUCCUCCUCUUACUGCUUUUAUCUAGAGAUUCUAAAAUUGUUUUCAUACAGUAUGAUUAAAAAUGUCUCAUCAUCCGU